AGUUCAUUGAAAAGGCACAGACUUUCUCUCACUGCUUUUUCUCUCUCUUCAACUUCUCUCACUCCUUUCUCUCUCUAGCCUCCCUCUUGACACAAAAUUGACAUUUCUGGCAACUCAGAACUCUACAAUCAGUACAGUUGAAGGAUCGAUUCCAAGUUCAAUUGGUGCAGUUUUGGUGUUUUGGUGUUUGCAGUUGUUUGAGAAGGCAGCUGAUUCUUAGCUUCCAAGAAUAGUAGUCCCCAUGUUUAAGUUCUGGAUUUUAAUUGCAACGCCAGAUAGCAAAAAAGUUUGUUUUAUUGAUAUCUUGCUAUGUUAGUAAUUGCAUAGCGACAUUUAACAAUCAAAGGUUUUGGACUUAAAUUAUCUAUGCCUGGUAAUGAAGUCAAAGAUAGGGUUCACAACUUUUUUGCACAAGACAGUAUGUCACAAGAACAUCAUUCCCCUGUAGUGGAUGGGAAUUUGCCAGCUCUAAGUAACAGUUUGGGGGUUGGAAGCCAGAGGCAGACAGGUGGACUGAGUUCCAAUGCGUACAACUUACAGAUCUCUGAUACUACUAGAGGACAUAGCAGUUAUCCAUUUAAUGGGCAGCGUGGCUUGGAUUCUGCACAAUCAACUCAAUGGGCUGAGUUUGCUAGAGGUCAGCAGCCAAACUCGAACGGAAUCAUGUAUGGUAAUCAGUACUACCAGACAAGGCAGGAUGAAUCAAGUUUUUCGGCUGUGAAUACAGGUUCUAAUCAAUGUAAUCUAGCCUCAGGGGGCUCAUUUUUUCAUGAAUUGCAGCGAGGGGCGGGUCUUGAGCAGCAGGCAAGAGGACUAGUUAGGUCAGAACCUUCUGGGAGUCCUGUUAGUUUGGAUCUUUUUGGUGGUCAGCAAAUGAACGGUCAGCAAUCGAACAUGCUGCAAUCUUUGCAACGACAACAGUCUAGGCUAAACGAAAUGCAGCAACUACAACAGCAAGCCAUGUUCAUGAAGAUGCAAGAACUUCAGAGGCAACAGCAACUAGAUGCCGGUCCACAAAAUCUAUUGAAUCAGGUUCCCCCUGUUCCUAAGGUGGCAUCUAGUAACCAUUCUCCUGCUUCUAUUAAUGGCACCAAUUAUUCCGGUGCAGUAAAUUUUGCACUGGCAACUGAGCUUGGCAACAAUAAUUGGUUGCAACAUGGUUCUCCAGUCCUUCAAGGAUCCGCAAAUGGAUUCAAUCCCACCAAUUAUGAACAAGCACAACAUUUGAUGGGUUUGAUUCCUCAAAACAUUGAUCAGUCUCUAUAUGGAAUUCCUGUUGCCAAUUCAAGAGGAAGCCUGAGCCAACUUCCACUGGUGGGAACAAAGAAGCCUACAGUACAGCCAAUGCCAACCUUUACUGGUUCAUUUCCGGUCAAUGAAUGCACUGAAUUGUCAGGUCAAGUCAGUGGGCAGGAUGGGACUUCCAUUCAUAGAGUGAGUUUGCAAGGUGAAAGCUUUUUUGGUCACACCGUAAGUCAAGCUCUAUCUAAUGCAGUAAAUACUGAGAACCUUCAGCAAGCAAAUAAUGUGCAAAAAGGUUCAGCUCUCCAGGAUUUCUGCAGCAGACUGGAUGUAACCAUUCAAGCAGAGACCUCACAGGAGAAAGUUGCGACGCAAGCUUCUUCACCACAGAAUGAAGUUGGUUUAGAUCCUACAGAAGAAAGAAUUCUGUUUGGUUCAAACAGCAGUAUAUGGGGUUCCUUUUCCAAGAGCCCUAAUAGGAAUGAGGAAGGUGUUAAUCUGUUUGACAGUGCAGGAUUGCUAACUGGAUCUCCUUCUAUCCAAGGUGGUACUUGGAGUGCUCUUAUGCAGUCUGCUGUUGCAGAAACUUCGAGCAGUGAUUUAGGUCUGCAGGAGGAAUGUAGUGGUUUGAAUUUUCACAGUGCUGAAAUUCCUUCAGGGAAUCAGAAUCUGAUGUAUAACAGUGGGAGACGUAAAUCAUCUUCUGCUGACAAGUUGCCUCUAGCACCAUCCUUGAAUUCUUUUUCUGUUCGGCCAUCUGAUAGCAUCAUUAUGAAUAACAGCUUCCACAACGUCCAGGGGCACAGGUUUCCAUAUGAGCAAGGUCAGAAUCUGCAAGCAAAUUCUCAAAGACCUGUCGAGUCAUCACAUGGAGGAAGCAAGUGGUCAGAUUUCGGUCCACUGCAGACGUCAGUUGCUGAAUCAGGCCAGAUAUUUAGCAAUACUUCAUAUCCUCUUGAUACAGAAAUGAUUUCUAGAAGGGGUUCUAGGUCCUUGACACCUGAGCUUGGUGGAGCUAGACAACCAUGGAUGAAAUCAGCUAGUUGGGGUGUUCUUGGGUCAGCAGUAACCUCUGGAGAUGCAGCUUUUAGUGUUUUGAGUGAGGACUCAUCAAAACGUUUGCAGGACAACAAUCAGAAGAAAUGCAUCCAAGAGAAAGUCUUUCAUGGUGGUGUGACAUUGAAAUCUAGUUCACGCAGUAAUUCUGCAGUUGAUAUGGAGCAUGCGGGAUCAUCUAUGGCUAGUCCACGGGGGUAUUCAGAGGUUUUUAGCUCGUAUCACUCUGCCACAGCUCCAAACUCAAGUACGAUGAAGUGCUCAUCCCCUUGCGUUGAUGGUAAAGAGUUCACAGUGCAUGAGUUGGAGAAUAGUGAUAAGAAGGAUAAUUCAAAUGACAGCUCUCACUCUAACCUACAUCCCCAUUCUUUCGCUGGUGGGGUUAGGGAAAAUGCUUUAUCAGAUGCCAGUGAUUCAAGGUGUCAUCUCAUGGGGAAACAGAAGUUGUCUAAUCAGGGCGGUCGGAAAAAUUCUUGGCCUCCAAAGUUUCAGUAUCAUCCCUUGGGAAACUUGGAUGAGGAUGCUGAUCCUUCUCGCAGCAUGGAGCAAUCUACUCAUUCUCAGUCUAUAGUGCAGCACAAUCCCCAGCAUGGCCAAUCAAAAGUUUUUGGUCAGGUUCCUCACAGUCUGGCAGAACUGGAGAAGGGGCAAUUGUCUGAUGUUUUGAUGGACAACAAAGGCUCUAGUGAGGUGCAUUGUCAAAGCAAGUUUCCUGGUGGUGGAUCUAAUAUUCCUGGGCCGUUCAACAGAGCUCUUGACUUACAUUCACCUAAUAAAGCUGCGGAAUCUAGUCCAAACAUGCUACAGCUUAUUCAGAAGGUGGACCAGUCGAGAGAGUAUGGUUCCGUGGCAGAGUUAGGUCAUUCUGAAAAAAAAGCAACAUCUAAGAUGCCUGAAGCAGCAGAGGAUUCUGAUGAGUCUGUUGGUCAUCACCUGAGGAGUCAGUCUGCUUCCUCUCAAGGCUAUGGUCUACAACUUGGCCCUCCAUCCCGACGUGCAUCAGUCCGAAACCAUUCUUUGACAUCUCAGCGCCCGAUCCAAGCUUUUAGCUCUUCACACUCAAGUCAUGCUGCUGUUGACACUGGUGAGAAGAAUCAAGGACCAAUGCACCCCCCUCAUCAGGCUCAAUCCUUACUUUCACCUUCUGAUCCAUCCCAGGAAGGAUUGAAGAAUAUAGGAUUUGGUAUUGCAGGAAGUACCAAUAAUGUAACUUCUAUGUAUGCAAUGCCCGGAAACCUUUCUCCAGCAUUUGAUUCUCAUUCUGGUUUUCCCUAUAGGGGAGGUCAGCUUAAAAUUCCAAAUGUGGCUAGGACUACUGCACAACUCCCAACAAAUCAAUCCUUGAGUGUAUCCUUUGAUAAGCAUGCUUCUUCUCAUACAGAGAAAGGUGACUCUUGCAGAGGAUCUGCAAAUGGUCAGUCUGUGGAGGCUUCCUUGCUGGCUGGGGCUGACAAGUUACAAGAUAAGCCUAUCCUCUCCGCAGGCAAGUCUCAAUUAAGCAACACCAAUCGUACAGUGGAAAGUAUCUUUACCAAUCAAGUUACAUCCCAAGAGCCAGUAUCAGUUUCUCAGGCAUUAGUGUCUGGCAUCGGUCAGCAGGGUACGUAUUCAAAAAUGUCAUCCGGUAUGUGGGGUACUUAUCCACCACCUCAACAACCUUUUGGCUCUCAGUAUGGCAAGGAUCCUUCUCAUAUUUCCCAAUCACAUCAAUUGAAUAUUGUGGAGUCAUCAUUCUCUGCUCCUGGGAGGCAAAGUGAUCAAUACUUGAAUAGAGGUAAUUUUGCAUCCCAGAUUGGUACUAGCUCAGUGGAUUCCCUGGUUUCUUUUGAAGGGGAAGAACAGCGAGCAAAGGAAAGUCAUUCUCAGCAAAUAUCAGUGAGAAAUGUUGACCACAUCCAGAAGAUGAAUGAUUCACAGGGUAGAGAACCUUUUAUCAAGUAUAUCUUGGGAGGAUCUCCUGCAAAUGCUGCAUCUAUGCAAAGAGAUAUUGAAGCCUUUGGCCGAACUUUGAAGCCCAACCUUUCUAAUCAGAACUAUUCCCUAUUAAACCAAGUGCAGGCCAUCAAACAUGUGGAGGUCGAUCCAACCAAUAGGGACUUCAAAAGAAUGAAAGUAGCAGACAGCAGUACAGGUGCUCCACAAGUUUCUUCUGGGGACACUGAAAUGUUGGGAUUCUCUGUGCCAGAGGAUUUGCAAAGAAGCAUUUCAUCUCAACAAGGGAGGAAAAUGUCUCCUCAUGAUGUACUUGCACUUCAUCAGGUGGAUUCUCAGAGCAGCAGUCACAGCAAUAAUACAAAUUCCGUUACGCUUGAACAAACACAAAAUGGUUCUCAGUUGGAACCUUCCUGGUUCAGUCAGUGCAGAACCUUAAAAAAUGGGCAGAUGUUACAUAUGUAUGAUGCUCGUAGAGCUGCUGCAAUGAAGACAGUGGAACAACCUUUGACUAUUGGGAAGUCUUCCAGUAGUUUGCAUGCACUUAAUUCUAUGCUGCAAAUAGUGCCUGCAACUUCUGAUAGAAGUACAAUUGGUAAUAUUGAACCUAAUUCUGUCCCCAGCUCUGCUGCAAUUGACCAUUUUUCUUCUCCGACAUUGCCAGUGAAUGUUGAUCAUCAGCACCUAAUUUCGAAACCCAUGAAGCGGAAACGUGCUACAUCUGAAAAUACUCCUUGGCAUAAAGAAGUUUUAGCAGAUUCACGGAGCAGUCAGACAAUCAGCCUGGCAGAAAGAGAGUGGGCUAGAGCUGCUAAUAGGCUUACUGAAAAGGUUAAAGAAGGCAUUGAUUUUAAUGAGGAAGGGGCACCAGGGGUUAAAGCUAAAAGAAGAGCUAUAUUGACCACUCAGCUUAUGCAGCAACUACUCCCCUCUCCCCCUGCAGCAAUUCUUUCUGCAGAAGCUAAUUCAGAGUAUGAGAGUGUGGGUUACUCCAUCUCUAGAUUGGCAUUGGGGGAUGCAUGCAGCAUGCUUUCUUGCUCAAAUGAUGAUCGUAAUAUGCCUUGGGAUGACAAAGAACAGCUUCCCGAAGAGUGCAUUACUUCUCAGAGGAUUAAUAAACAUGAUUUUGCCAAAACUCUAGAAGAGUUACAGGGAAGAGCGAGGAGAUUGGAAAGCGAUUUUAUGAGACUGGACAAGAGAGCAUCAGUAUUAGAUGUGACAGUGGAUGGGCAAGACCAGGAGAAGUUCGGCGUUAUUAAUCGGUAUGCUAGGUUUCUUGGUCGGGGGCAAUAUGAUGGUAUUCCUCAGAGAUACGUCACAGCGCUUCCAAUACCAAAAGAUCUGCCUAUUGGAGUGCACUGUCUUGCUCUAUAAUCACAAAUGAAUUGAAUCUUUUCUGUGCUCUGUCAUCAAUUACCUCAACUUCCAGUAGACAUUUUUGUCCUAGUCAUGUACUAGUGCUAGCAAGAAGAAAAUAGAAACCAUACAAUCAGUAUUGCCGAACAUACUCAAUUGUCAUCUCAGAUGGAAUGUAGCUGUCCAAUCUUUUGCAUGUAGGCCAUUUAUGUCAUUAUCAAGAAAAUAUACAUGUACAUCUCUUCAAACUUAGUGAGGGGGGAGAGACUAGGGUGCCCCAUCAUUUUUUGCCAGAAGUGGGGAGAAUACAUACUCUGUGCUUCUAAGCUGUUGAUUUACAGUUGGUCAAACCUGUUGUUGCAAAUUGUGGAAGCUAUUAUAAUUGCUUUAGCCAGGUUUGGGGUAUUUGUAUUGGCCAUCAUUAUGUAUAAGAGAUGCCCAGGCUCAUAAUUGAUUCUGUUGGUGCCUUUUAUUUUUUGAUGAAGGCUAAUUUUCAGUUGGUGGAUCAUCAACCAUUUGUAGUUAGUUUUUAGAGUUAACAACUGGAAACAGGCCAAACUGUCCAGAUUGUUCAGAACAUAAUUUAGUUGAAAAAGGUGCUUUUAAGCAGCAUGAUAUUUCAUAAUUUCCCUUGUGUGGUUCUUAAUGUGCAACUGCUGUGCAGAUUUUU